AUGCCGUACACGAGAACCGCCGACGGGGCGGGGGGCAUCGCCCAGGAAACCCACCGUCGAUUCGCAACCGUCCAAGACUACAUCCAGCUUCUGGGAGGUCCCAGGGCCCGCGUCAUCUCCAAGAUCCUCAUUGCGAACAACGGGAACGCUGCCGUCAAGUGCAUUCGCUCGUUGCGUCGCUGGAGUUACGAAACCUUUGGCGACAGCAAGGCCUUGACCUUCGUCGUCAUGGCGACACCCGAAGAUCUACGCUCCAACGCCGAGUACAUACGCGCCGGAGACGUCAUCGUCGACGUGCCCGGCGGACCCAACCACUCCAAUUACGCCAACGUCUCGUUGAUUGUCGAAAUUGCUCGUCUGCACGCCGUACACGCCGUCUGGGCGGGAUGGGGACACGCGUCGGAAAAUCCUACCCUCCCCAAUACACUCGAGUCCUGUGGGAUCAAGUUUAUUGGACCCGCCGGACCACCCAUGCAAGCCCUCGGCGAUAAAAUUGGGUCCACCAUUAUUGCGCAAUCCGCGGGGGUCCCCUGUAUCGCCUGGAACGGAUCCGACAUUCAGGCAUCCUACAACGUGAAGGAAGGAUCCUUGCCAUCCUGGGCCUUGGAACAGGCCGGGGUGCAGUCCGCAACCCAAGCCAGUGAGGCAGCCGCCAAAAUUGGGUUUCCCGUCAUGAUCAAGGCCAGUGAAGGUGGCGGAGGCAAAGGAAUUCGCAAGGUCCUACACGCGGACGAUGUCGCCACCGCCUACCGUCAAGUCUGUGGCGAGGUCCCGGGAAGUCCCAUUUUCCUCAUGAAGCUCGCCCAAAAGGCCCGCCACCUCGAAGUACAGUUGUUGGCGGACGAAUACGGCCACGCCCUGGCCCUCAAUGGUCGCGAUUGUUCCGUACAACGUCGUCACCAAAAAAUUAUUGAAGAAGGACCUCCCGUCGCGGCGGCACCGGACGUUUGGAAACAAAUGGAGGCCUCCGCUGUGGCACUCGCCAAGGCCGUUUCCUACGCCAACGCCGGAACGGUGGAAUACCUCUACGAAGAAGACACGCAAAAAUUCUACUUUUUGGAACUCAACCCGCGCUUGCAAGUCGAACACCCCGUCACGGAAAUGAUCACCCACGUGAAUCUACCCGCCUGUCAGCUGCAAGUAGCCAUGGGUUUGCCACUUUCUCAUAUUCCAGAAAUUCGACAACGCUACGGACGGAAGCGCUUCGACGACGCCCUCGACGAGAUCGAUUUCGACAACGUCAGCGCCCAACCCACGCACGGACACUGCAUGGCAGUCCGCAUCACGGCCGAGAACGCCGAAGCCGGAUUUCAACCCACCUCGGGUACCCUCCAGGAAUUGAAUUUUCGGUCUACCCCCAACGUCUGGGGAUAUUUCAGUAUGGACAGUUCCGGAGCCAUCCACGAAUUUGCCGAUUCCCAGUUUGGACACUUGUUUGCGUCCGGUUCCGAUCGAGAACAGGCGCGACGAAACAUGGUGCUGGCACUCAAGGAACUCUCGAUUCGGGGUGAUAUCAGUACCACGGUGGAUUAUAUUUCGAAAUUGAUUGAGUUGGAAGAUUUUGUCAGCAACCAUAUCGAUACAGCCUGGUUGGAUGGGAUCAUUCAAAACAAGGUCUUGUCCGAUACAGAAGCUUGCAAGACGGAUGUGGCCAUUCAAACUUUGCACGAUCACGUACACGUUAUUUUGGGCGCUACGGUGCAAGCCUACAAUUGCGCCCAAGACGCCACAACGGAAUACGUUGAACUUUUGGAAAAGGGACAAUUGCCGCCUCGGUCUUUGUUAAAACUGUCCAGAGAAGUGGAGCUUAUUCUCAAUAACGUCAAGUAUGUGCUACGAACGGUGCAGACGGGCCCACACACGUUCUCGAUGGGUUUGACGACGGACCGCGAAAACCGCGUGGUGGAAACUCACGUGCGCGUGUUGAGUGACGGUGGCUAUUUGAUUGACGUCGACGGCACAUCCCAUGUCGUGUAUUUGACUCGGAAGGCAGAUUCGGCCCACGGUAUGCGCAUUACCACCAACUCUGGAGCCACGAUUGCCUUUUCACCCGAUUACGAUCCCACGUCGUUGCGCACCGACGUGGCCGGCAAACUCGUCAAGCAACUCGUACCGGAUCAAGCGCACGUCAAAAAGGGUGAGGCUUAUGCAGAAAUGGAAGUGAUGAAAAUGUUCUUGCCGCUUAAAGUGGAAGAAGCCGGAACUAUUUCUUGGCACGCGAACGAAGGAGCUUCUUUGACGGCUGGUGACAUCUUGGGGACUUUAGCCCUAGACAAUCCCGAAAACGUAGCUACUGUCAGUGUCUUCGAGGGCGACUUGCAAGUGACGGGAUGGGGUCAAUCUAUUGCUCGCAAUACCACCAGUAGCAGUAACGGAAGCACAUCCAAUAACGGCACUCGCAAUGCUCAUUUGGUGCUGCGCAAGGCCGUUCAGGCAUUACACCGCGCGACGGAUGGAUACAUUUUGCUGCCGGAGACGAUCGACGCCGCCAUGGCUGACCUGAUGCAAGCAGUGGCAGAUCCCUUCUUGCCGGUUUUGGAAAUUCGGGAACAGCUCUCUGUUCUCAGUAGCCGCUUACCCGCGACUUUGUUGAGAUCCAUUUCUACGAUGGUCCGAGAGUACGAAAAUCCAGCGUUGGCCUCUCAUGUUUCGAGCAUCUCAGAUACGUCAGCCCGAGCUACUUUCGAAGCACUUAUCACUCCUCUCCGCGAAGCCGUGCUACCUUAUAAUCGCGGAAAGGCCUCGGGUGUACCAGGGGCGCAGCGGGCGGUCGACAGCUUUUUGAUUGCGUUAGAAAAAUGGACUGCCAAUGAACGCUGGUUCUGCGACGGAAAGUCAUAUGCUGAUGCAGUCGAAGAAUUGCGCCAAGGACAUAAGAAUGAUCCUGGGUACAUCCUCAGUGUGUGUCGCGCUCACGAGCAGUUACAGACCACUUCAAAAUUGGUUACGUCGAUCAUGACCGCUAUAGGGGUGGGCUCCAAGAUUAAUCCCACGGGAGGAGCCGGAACGGAAUCUGUUAUUCUGCACGCAGAGAGCGCCAUUUCAGAGAUUGGUUCUAUGGGUUCAAAUGAUCUUUACCGUGAAGUUGCGUUGAAGGCUCGAAAACUUUUGAUGCAGGAAAGCUUGCCAAGCUUGGAGCUUAGAAAGGGUCGAUUCGUUGCAGCGGCGUCCCAUGUGGCUACGGCAGACGGAGCGAACCUCUCGAGCACCGUCACUGACCUUUUGGCGGACCAAACUCCUAUGGUGGACCUGUUGUUUCCACUGCUCAAAAGCUCUUCGUCGGGAUUGGAAUCUGUUGGUUUGGCCGAAAUAUUUGUCCGUCGUAUGUAUCGCUCCUUUUCGAUGAAGGAUAUUAUCCGGGAUGGAGAACGACGCUCUUUCAAGUUUGCAUUUAUGGAGAAGCAGGCAGAGGGUGCGGUGAGCAACUUGUCAACUGUGGCAAGCUUGAUGGAUUUGAAACGUGUGGUCAGUUCUGGAUCUCUGAUGGAGACUAACGACGAACCAUCGGAAUCGGGAGGUGUGAUCCCCGUUAAGCAGGGCAUCCCCGCUGACACGCUACGUAUUGGUGUUUGUAUGGUGGUAGACAACGUUAGCGAUGUGGCAGAUGCUGAUACUAUUCAAAAUGUUUCGUCGCAGUUUGUUGCUAAUUCCGGGUCGGAUCCGGUGAAUGUUCUUUAUUUCAUCGUUCUGAAUUCGGAUAUUGGUCUGGACGAAGCGAGUCACCAGGAGAUUGCUAAGAAAUGUGAAUUGAUCCUGCAAGGCUCACAUGCUCUACUCGAACAGGCUGGCGUCCGUGGGGUAACGUUUGUGAUGAACCAACACUACGACGAGUUUGAGGAAUACAGGGCCCCUGCGAUGUUCACGUUCCGCUUUCCCGCAUACAAAGAAAUUGCACUUUACAGAGGAAUCGAUCCUGUCCGAGCUCCGCAGCUCGAUUUGAAUCGUGUCGCAGCGAACUUUGACAUUCGAGGCCUUGGCUCUCACAAUUCGGCAACUGGUCAGGCUCACCUCUAUGAAGCGGUACCAAAGAAAGCUGCGCUCGCUUCCGAUCACAAAGCAAGUAAAGCCGCUCGUGUCUUCGUCCGAUCGCUGGGUUUUGUGACCGACAUGAAUCAGACAAGCUUUGAUCGAAUUCUGGUAGACACUUUAAACGCUUUUGAUCUCUGUUCUGUAAAGAGCCGCAUGGACAACCACGUGUUUAUCAAUGUGGCCAGUGACUUUGAAAAAACUGUUCUAGAUCCGGUAACUGUUGAACAUGUUGUGGCCGGGAUAUUGAAAAAGCAUGGAGAACGUAUCACAACGAUGGGCAUUGUGGAGGUUGAGAUUCGUAUUGUCUGCCGAUUGAGCUCCGAAUCUCAUCCAAUCGCACUCAGAUUGGUAUCUAGCAACCCAACUGGUUACGUUCACGUAAUGAGCACGUACGUUGAAGCAGCCGAUGAUAGCAGCGACGAGCGCAAGUUCAAAUUGAUUGGCAAUACGAAGGCCACACUUGCUAGUACAAGCGACAGCUCUUGGGAAGGUGUCAACGUGGAGGCUCCGUAUCCUCUGACCCGCCCUUUUGACGCUCAACGGAAGACUGCACUAAGAGCGUCAGAUACACUGUACUGCUACGACCUCCCUGCGCUUUUUGAAGCUGCUGUUGAGCAGCAGUGGCUCGAAGCCUCCGAAAAGGGAUCAUCUGAGAAGUGGACGAUGAACGACUACUUUGACGGAAUGCUGGAACUCUCUCAUAUACGCAGAGGAGCUGGAAUGAAUGAUGUUGGUAUGGUGGCGUGGCUUGUAGAGCUCAAAACGGUGGAGUACCCAAAUGGCCGUGAAAUUGUCUUGCUUUCAAAUGACAUUACUCACAAAGCUGGGAGCUUUGGAACCCGAGAAGAUGUUGUAUUCAAGAUGGCUUCUGAGUACGCUCGGCAGCGUCAAAUUCCGCGUCUGUAUGUCGCUGCCAACGCUGGUGCGAGGAUUGGUUUGGCCGAGGGAGUCAAAAAGUUGUUCAAAGUUGCUUUCAAGGAUCCUGCCAAGCCGGAAAGUGGAUUCGAUUUCCUCUACCUGGCUCAGGCGGACUACGAUUCUCUGACGAAAGAGAAGAAGCUGGUUAACGUUGAGCCGAUGUCCCUCGACGGAGAAACUGUUUACCGUAUUGUGGAUGUGAUUGGUUCAGAACCUGACCUUGGAGUAGAGAAUCUAAAGGGCUCUGGGCUUAUUGCUGGUGAAACGAGUAUCGCGUAUGAAGACAUCUUCACAAUGACAGUUGUCCUUGGCAGGACUGUGGGUAUCGGUGCAUAUCUCGUCCGCCUCGGACAGAGGACAAUUCAGAGAAAAACGGAGUCCCCGAUUAUUCUUACGGGAUUCCAAGCCUUGAACAAACUGAUGGGCGUUGAUGUGUACUCCACUCAUGAUCAGCUUGGUGGCCCGAGUAUUAUGCACUCGAAUGGCAUCUCCCAUAUGGUUGAGGCGGACCAUUUCCGCGCGAUUAAGUCCGCAGUGAAAUGGCUUUCUUAUGUACCCUCAACGAGGAGAGGACUCUUACCAAUCUCCGACAUUCGUGGUGUGGACGACAUCGAACGUCCCAUCGGCUACAUACCUGUUCAGGGAGUUCCUUAUGACCCUAGAUUCCUGUUGACUGGAGGUGCUGACGACCAAGGUACUUGGCAGAGUGGUUUUUUUGACAAAGGAAGCUUCACGGAGACUAUGGCUGGAUGGGCGAAAGCUGUAGUGGUAGGUCGUGCAAGACUUGGCGGCAUCCCAAUGGGGGUAAUUGUCACCGAAAAUCGCAUGGUUGAGACCAUCAAACCAGCCGACCCGGCCGAUCUGACGGCAUCCGAAACCGUUGUUCGCGAGGCAGGCGGAGUUUGGUUCCCAAACAGUGCUUUCAAAACAGCGACAGCGAUUAAAGAUUUUCGCACGGAGGAUUUGCCUUUGAUUGUUUUUGCCAACUGGAGAGGGUUUAGUGGAGGACAACGAGAUAUGUUUGACGAAGUCCUCAAAUACGGAUCGCAAAUUGUCGACGCCUUUGUCGCUUACGAACAGCCAGUAUUUGUCUUCAUUCCUCCUUUCGCCGAGAUACGAGGGGGAGCCUGGGUAGUUUUGGAUGCUACGAUCAACGCAAAUUGUAUGGAAAUGUACGCUACAAAGGGAAGUUCCCGGGGAGGAGUUCUAGAAGCAAACGGUACAGCUUCAGUAAAGUACCGCACCAAGGACUUGAUUGCCACCAUGCACCGCCUCGAUGAAAAGCUCAAGGCGCUAGAUAUACAGCUUGAGGAAUGUGUGGAUGACAGCGCCAGGAUUGAUGUUGAGGCAGUUAUAGUGAAAAGGCAAAACCAAUUGCUUCCGGUAUACGAGCAAAUUUCGGUGCGAUUCUGCGAGUUGCACGAUACACCAGGACGGAUGAAGGCAGUGGGUGUCAUUAAGCAGGAUGUCGAAUGGAGAGAAGCGCGCUCGUUCUUUUAUUGGCGUCUUCGAAGAAAACUGGCCGAGUUUGAAUUGCGUCGUAAAAUAAUUGACGCGGCAAGAGUUGGCCGUGCGGUCAAUGUGCUCAAACCUACGGAAGCGUCGUUAUUGAUUCAAAAGUGGUUUCUCGAGAGUUCGGGCAAGUCCGAGGAUUGUUGGGAAGACGACGCAACGAUGCUUUCUUGGAUGGCCGAGCAAAGUAGUUCCUUAGAGCUGAAGGUGAUGGAAUAUUCGAAAGCAUGCGUCACACGAGAAAUUGUCAAUGUGAUCCUUGGAGGUGGGACGACCACUGCAAUUGGUGCGGCAGGUAUCGUCGAAGGUCUUCGGCUAUCGAUGGACCAAAUGACGACUGAAGAAAAGGAAAUAUUUAGACAGAAUCUUCAGAGGGCCCUAAAACUGUAAAAGCAUAACCCCCCGGGACCAACUACGUCUUAAAUAUUAUUUUACAGUC